AUGGUCUCCUCAGCUCACCGGCGGCCCCGUCUGCUGCUGCCCUCCAACAUAUCAUUACGAAGCCUACUGCUGUGUCUGAGCGCAUCGUCGCAGCUCGCGCAUGCCGGCCCGUACCCGAGGGAUGACCUGCAUGAUGUCCUGGGCUCCGGGUUCCUGGUUGACCGCAGCUGCGCGACAUACUGCGGCGUGGACAACCAGUAUUGCUGCGCUCAAGGGCAAGCCUGCACCACCAAUGCAGGAAUCGCAGGGUGCACCGACACCGCCCUGGGCGGUGGCUUUGGUAUAUACACCACCACCUGGACCGAGACGGACACAUACACCAGCACCAUCUCGAGUUACUACCCUGCAACAACAGGAGACAACGGUGCCGAUUGUGUGCCUCCGGCCGGCUCGGGCCAGAUCGCAUGCGGCCCCAUCUGCUGUGCGAGCUGGCAGUACUGCGCCUCCAACGGCCAGUGUGGUGGGGGCCCCGGCCCCACCACCACUGAAGCCGCCGGAGGCGGCGGCGGCGGCGGCGGCGUCUUUCCGACCACCAUCACCACGGGUGGGACCACCAUUACCACCCAGUAUAGCGCGCCAUACAGGGUGACUAGCGGCACGACCGGGACCGGCACGACCACCUCCACAGGGACCAUGGAGAGCGCGACGGCCACGGGCAGUGGCAAUGGCACUGCCGUGACCACCGGUGGGGAUGGGCUGAGCGGCGGUGCUAUCGCCGGCAUAGUCAUUGGUGUCAUCGCCGGCGUCGUCAUACUACUCGCCAUCUGUGCGUGCUGUAUAAUGCGUGGCCUGUGGCACGGCCUGCUGGCCAUCUUCGGCCUUGGCCCCGGGCGCAAGAGGAAGUCUCGCAGCCGCGACCGCGAGACCAUCAUUGUCGAAGAGGAGCGCUAUAGGCGCGGUGGCAGCGCCGCGGCCCAUUCCAGGCGGGACACACAUGGCGGCUGGUUCGCAGCACGGCCGCCGAGGUCAGCGGCGGACAGCCGGCGUGCGUCUGGUGUAUCAGAGAAGAGGAGAGAAUCAAGCAAUGCUGGAUGGUGGGGAGCCGGCGCCCUGGGCACGUUGGGCCUGUUGCUGGGCCUUCGACGAGACAAGAAGCGCAAGGAGCAGGCGAAGCGGACGUCACGGCCGAGAAGCGACGUGAGCAGUAGCUACUGGUCGCACUCGUACACGGCCAGCAGCCCCAGUGAGUUCUCUUCAGACUACACUUACUCCAGCGUUUACACGCGGCCUCCGCAAUCCCAUGCUCCGGUUCAGGCCCACCGGGGCCCUCCUACUGUGUACUCGGCAUCGGGUGCCGGUAGGGAGAGGGAUGACUAUUUCAAAUCUAACGUGCCACCCGAUUAUGCAGGCUCCGCGAGCUCUGGUGGCAGGACACGAGAUACACGCCGCAGUCGCCGGACGGAAACCACACGCAUCUCGCGUGCUCCGUCCAGGCGAUGA